AUCACAUUUGAAUUGAUGCAUAGAGUCGCUGCAAAAUACAGUAGUCCGUAUGUGAUGAUGCGUUUUGAAGGACAAGUUAGUGCUGCUUUCUGAAACGAAGAUUUGGUUGCACUCGAGCUAUGGAGAACUUCGUUCUGUACGAGGAGUUGCGCCAAGACAAUCACUCUGUGAUGUACAAGGGUCGUCGGAGAGGAACCAUAGAAUUCGUCUCCAUUCAGUGCUUUGAAAAAUGCUUGAGAGAUCAAGUCACAAAUUCAGUACGAAUUCUCCACACGUUUGAGCAUCCUAAUAUCAUUCGUUUCUAUGAGUGGUAUGAGACCGAUAACCAUCUGUGGUGUAUUGUUGAGUUGUGCACUGGUGGUGUGUUGGAGGACGUAAUUGUUCAAGAUGGUCAUCUGCCAGAGGAGAGCAUACUGGAGUUUGGACUUGACUUGGUCACAGGUUUGAAUUACAUCCAUUCAAUGGGAGUGGUGCUUUGUGAAUUGAAUUCAUCAAAGAUCCUGCUGGAUAAUGAUGGGGUCCUGAAAUAUUUUGACUUUAGUAAUGCAAUGUUGCCCGGUGGACAUGAUGGUCGAGGCAAUGAUGGAGGAACCAAUUCUGAUGGAAGUGAUGAGGAAACCACUGGUAAUGAAAAUGUGAGACAACAGGCACGAUAUGGAUUCAGUCAUGACCCACAGACAGGGUCAGAGCCGGUCAUUGGAAAUCUGCUGUAUAUGGCUCCUGAGGUUGUGCAGGGUGGCGAGUGCUCAACAGCUAGUGAUUUGUGGUCGUUUGGGUGUGUUCUUUACGAGUUGUACUAUGGUGUCCCACCUUUUAGUGGACAGACAUUUGAGGAAGUGUUGCAUCGGACAUUGAAUGAAGAGUUAAGGGAAUUCCCAGCUGUGGAGGGUGAACAUCCUUCUGAGCAAUUUCAAAACCUGGUCUCUAGCUUGCUGAUCAAAGAUCACACCAAAAGAAUUUCAUGGCCUCAGGUCAUAUCUCAUCCAUUUUGGGGUGAUACGCUUCUGCCACAUUCGAAACGAAGCGUGUCAGUGGUCACUGCUAUAAAGUCUGAUGUAGAAGCUCAAGACGAGAGACCACACACGGCUCCUUUUGUUGACAAUGCAAUUGUUAAAGAUGCAACAUUCACACUAAGUGGAGCUCGGCCUCAAACAGCACUUCCUGUGUUGAAAAUCCCUGAACAGGUGGUGCGGUCUCAGCAUAACGAGCAAUGUCAACAAAAGGAAGAAGCUUUAUUUCAAACUGAUGAACCUGAUUUGUCAAGCAAAGACCAGAAGAUCUGUGACGCUGUCUCAGAUGUUCGACAGUUGCUUUUUCAUUCUUCAGAUGUCACAGUCUUGCCCAUUUUUGGUAGCUCAAAGAUCCAUAAAAUGCCAGCUCUCAAAUGGGACUCUAAAGCUUUGCCGUUUGCAGCACUUGAAAUUGAUGUGUGUAGAGAAAUGGAUAGCACAGAGUUUGACGGUCAACUCAUUGUAAUCGAGCGUGCGUUAGUCACCUCAUCUGCAGCUGGUGAAGCACCCAGCCAUCGCAGUGCAACAAACUCUGCCAGGGCAGCAAGCAAUGCAUUGGGAACACGUGGCAAAUUACACAUAGCAGCUUAUCUAUAUCACAUUUGUCAAAACACUGAUUUAGCCAAUCAUGUAGUCAAUUCACCUCUGUUUGCUGUUUUGAUUUCUAUGUUGAAGGGAUCAAAGGUGCCACUUGAUUUGAAGUGUCGGUUGGUAAUGAUUCUGGGACGCUUGGCAAGAUACUCAACAUUGAUUUCACAGGAUUUGGAUUUGUCCGAGGUUUUAACAGUUCUGUCAGACCUUUUGAGGGACAACUUUAGAAAUGUUGAGCUAAAGCUGGGUUUGGUGGCUGCUUUGGGAGAAUUUCUCUUUUAUGUUGUCAGUGAGGAGCAAAGAGAAGGAAAGUCGUUGCCUCAAUGGAAGGUCCCAAUGUUGUUAUACACUCUUAUCAUUCGUUGUCUGAAGGAAGGGGAAACUGCUGCUGCUCAACAUUAUGCUGUCAAAACCAUCAUGAAUGUAGCAUCUACAGGAGGGAAACAGUGUGAGCCAUUUGCGUCAUGUGACACGAUUCUGGCUCUUUGGACAAUCCAUCUCAACUCCAAACAAGAUGCUAUGAAAUCGAUGACGUUAUCAGCCAUAUGUCGGCUAGUUAGAUAUGAUCCUAUACUUGGCCAGCAUUUUGUGGAACGUGUAGGUCUUCAACCAGUUGUUUCUCUUCUUUCUUCUUCUCACAGCAAAUUUCAACAGCCUGUUGUCACCAUCUUCAAUGUGAUGCUUGUGGACAAUGUUGCAGUACGUAAACUGCUUAUGGAUAGAGAUUUUCUGAGUCAUGCGGUUUUGUUGUUGGAGCAUCCAUCUUGCCUUCUUCGUGGAAAAGCAUACUUGACUGUAGCGUUGUCUGCUAAGCACAGCUCUGAAACAUUACUGUCAUGCUGUCAUGCUAGGCUUAUAUCAUGUAUUGACCGCGAUAUUCGACGACAGGCAUCUCAAAGCAAGUCACUAGACGACUCUCUCUUGUAUCUAAUUCACUGCCUGGACUACUUGAUUGCAACCGUCUUGAAACUUAUUCCUCAAAUAACAGAUGGCAUUGUUGAGAGUCUAAGCACCAUAGCAGGCCGCAAGCAUCCAUCUGCUGCUCAAUCAAAGCUGCUACGAGCAAAUCUUCCUCUGUUGCCUGUGUUGGGUUAUUUUGCUUCGAGCUCAGCAUUUACCAGCAACAUGAUGACAGUGUCAUUUCUGAGAUCACUAGGAAUUCUUCUGUCACAUGCUGCUCAUAUUGAUUGUGGUGAUGCUGGUCUUGGAUCGAAUGCCGGACUUUCUGUUGUUGAUUUUUGUGAUGGUGUAUUUGAUGUUGUUCACGCAUCCCUCUCAAGUCCUCACGUUAUCGUUGACCACACAGAAAUUGUUUUAAUGCACUUGCUGCCCUCUGUUGCAUUGUUUUUGCGAGAGAGACACGUGGAGACACGUCGGAUGCUGUCGGUUGGACUUCUUAGCGAUGCGUUGCAAAGAGUUGUGACAGAGGUGGAUAGACAGGUUUAUUUCAGUGGACUACAGGCAUUUGUUGGUGACUGUCUGCUGUCAUGUUUGCCAGCUUUAAUCGAACCUUCAGGGUCAAUGAGGUUGUCAAUUAUACAACUAUUAGCAGUUUUGGUGGAAGCCGAUUCCGGUGUACAAUCCCAGGUUGCUGAGGAUGUCGGUGCUAUUCACUCACUAAUGAGCAUCAUACCGGAUUGCUUCAACAAUCUGCAAGAUCCCACUUUUUCUGCACUAAUGACACUAACCAGGUGUCUCUCAUCAUCUUCUUGUCUUGAUAGAAACAUACUUCUAUCUGCUGGGUUUCUUAGACACUUGGCGACUUCACUAGACCAGCUUACAUCCAUUCUUUUUGAUCAACUGCAGCCGUCUCCAAGAGGAGCUCAACUGCAACAACAGCAACAUUUAGUAAUGACUUCACUUAUGCCUACGUUGGAGUGUUUAUCGUCUCAACUGGAGUACUUACUAGUCGUACAGCAACAGUUGGAGCAGGUUGUCGACAAGUCAGGUUUUGAAAAACUGAUAUCUGCUCAUAGUGAAUUGCUGCUGUGUAUGCCGAACCUUUUUCAAUUGAUCAGUGUAGAAGAUACUCUUCAAUCUGCUGCGCGGUGUUUGCUUGCCAUGCUGCAGCUCUAUUCCCAACAAUUUGGACAGCAAUUUGGAGCUGAUGAAAUGAAACAUGUUUUGUCUGCUCUGGAAUCCCAUUCGUGCGAUCAAAGUGUUGUGCUUAACAUCGUGACAGGACUGGUCACUUAUCAGAUUUUACAAAGUGGUGCACGCAUUCAAGCAGAUGGUUUGAAGCAGCUGAAACGUAGCGUCAUGAAACUUCAGAAAAGAACGAAUGAGAAACAUAUCAAGAACUUAACCGCAGACGUGCUUCAGCGUUUGUCUUAGAGACAACUAACUAUACAUGUAUAAUGACUGCAAAUCGUUACUUAAUUGUGUAUGUAAGUACAUAGUAGUUUGUCUAAGUUAAUCAUUUA